AGUAGAGUGUAGCCAUUACCGUUACCCACUGCAGUGGUUAUCGUGACAAAGCUACGUCAUUGACUUCGCAUCUCACUCACAAGCAAUCCCUUUUUUUUCUUUCCCCUCUUUCUCUCUCUCUCUCUCUCUCUCUCUCUCUCUCUCUCUCUCUCUCUCUCCUUCUGCGAUGGGUUGUGCUGGAUCUUCGCAAUCCAAGCCUGACGGUGCAGUAAAGAAGAUCCGGAAGCCUAAGCCAUGGAAGCAUCCUCAGCCAAUAACAAAGACUCAACUAACGCAAUUACGUGAUGAGUUUUGGGACACAGCUCCUCACUACGGUGGCCGGAAAGAGAUUUGGGAUGCUCUUCGAGCUGCUGCUGAGGCUGAUCUAACUUUAGCACAAGCAAUUGUGGAUAGUGCUGGGGUAAUUGUCCAAAGUUCUGAUUUGACAGUAUGCUAUGAUGAGAGAGGAGCAAAGUAUGAGCUACCCAAAUACGUAUUGAGUGAGCCAACUAACCUGAUUCGGGAGAGUUAAUAACAGGGUAUAAAUAGAAAGAUUUAUGGGAAAAAGAUUGUAAAUCUUGGUGUAUAUGGUUAUCUCAUUGAUUUGGUAACUUGCAUAGGGUAGCAACUCUUUUUUCCUUUCUGUUAUGUUUCCUUAAUCAAUUAAACAAAAAAAAAAAAGUUUGUUCUGUAUCAGAUGAUCGAAUCCCUCUUCUUGGUAAAUACAAACUCCAUUUAUGUAUUUCCGAAAUA